AUGCGGCCCCCCACGCCCCCCCCAAUCACCCUCCGCACAGCCCUCGCCUCGGACCUCCCGCACCUCACCCGUCUCGACCUCGCUGCCAGCGCAUCCCACCCGCUCAUCUCCCUCUCCCCCUUCACCUACCCUUUCCAAGCCACCAAGCUCUUCCUCGCCCAUCUCGAGCACUGCUUCGCCCGGCCCCGGACCUACGGGUUUCUCGUCGCGACGACGACGACGACGGCGAUGACGACCCAGCAGCAGCAGCAGCUGUCAUGCAGCCCUGACUCGGGGAUUGACGUUUUUGCGAGCGAGGAGCGGGAGGUGGCUGGUGAAGUUGUGGGCUUUUUGGUGUGGAAGGAGAAUGCGGUGGGGGGUGUGGAGGGGAAUGCGGAGGAUGGAGAGGCCGGGGGUGGGAGUGGGAGUGGGAGUGGGAGUGGGAGUGGGAGUGGGGAGGAGGAGGAAGAGGAGUGGGAUUGGCAGGCCCGACUCCCGGCUGGGGCUGAUCGGAAGCUGUGGAGGAGGUAUGCGGCGGUUAUGGGUGCGGGAGCGGAGGGCGGCGGCGGCGGCGGCGCUCGCGAUGAGUCAAGUGCGGUGAUUGCUAACUGUGCACCCAAAUGGAAAGGAAUCGAAAAAUUCGCCGUCGCGCCGCGAUACCAGCGUCAAGGCAUCGGAACGCUCCUCCUCCAGGCCUUCCUGGACGACCUCGGAGACCGAGGCAGGGCAGACGCCACGAUCUGCAUGCGUUCGUCCGUGAAGGGGAGGAACUUGUACGAGAAGUUCGGCUGGGUCGUGGAACGGGAGUACAGGAUGGACCUGGGGGAUUGGGGCAGGUACCAUCAGCCGCAUGUUGAGUUUGCCAUGCGGAAAGGGGGAGUUGGCAUUUAG